CCACAAUCCUAAGCUGUGAGUCGAAGUUUAGAAGAGCAAAGCUUCCCACCUAGGCCUUUCUAUAUUGUAGCAUUUUAGAGUUUCUUUCUCCGUGGAAGUUCAGAAAAUGGAGGGAAAAGUGAGUUGGACAGUUGCAGAUGCUGUAGACUAUAAAGGCUUCCCUGCAGACAGGUCCAAAACUGGCGGCUGGGUACCCGCAGCUCUUAUUUUAGGGAUUGAAAUUGUGGAGAGACUCUCCACCAUGGGGAUUGCGGUCAACCUUGUAACCUACAUGAUUUCAAUCAUGCAUCUUCCAAGCUCAACUGCAGCCAAUACUGUGACCGACUUCAUGGGCACAUCAUUUCUCCUGUGUUUGCUGGGAGGUUUUCUAGCAGAUUCCUUCCUUGGCAGAUACAAAACAAUUGGAAUUUUUGCUUCAAUACAAAUACUGGGUACUGCUACAUUAGCAAUCUCAACAAAAUUGCCACAGCUACGUCCACCACCUUGUCAUGCUAACAGUGACAGUUGCAAACAAGCCAAUGGAUUUCAAAUGGGAAUAUUAUACUUAUCACUGUACCUUAUUGCACUAGGAACUGGUGGCCUGAAGUCUAGUGUUUCAGGAUUUGGGUCUGACCAAUUCGAUGAGAAAGAUGAGAAGGAGAAAUCCCAAAUGGCCUAUUUCUUCAACAGGUUUUUCUUCUUCAUCAGUUUUGGAACUCUGGCAGCUGUCACAGUACUAGUCUAUUUGCAAGAUGAAGUGAGUCGCAGUUUGGCGUAUGGAAUAUGUUCUGUUUCUAUGGUCCUAGCCAUUUUGGUGUUCUUAUCAGGAACCAAAAGAUACAGAUACAAGAAGAGUUUGGGAAGCCCCAUUGUCCACAUUUUCCAAGUUAUUACUGCAGCAAUAAAGAAAAGGAAGAUGCAACUCCCAUGCAAUGUUGGUUCUUUGUAUGAGGACACUCCCGAGGCUUCAAGAAUAGAUCACACCAAUCAGUUCCGUUUUUUGGAGAAAGCUGCCAUUGUGGCAGAAGGUGAUUUUGAGACAAAUUUAUCUGGUUCUGAACCAAACCCAUGGAAGUUAUGCUCACUAACAAGGGUGGAGGAGGUGAAAAUGAUGGUGAGACUUCUGCCAGUGUGGGCCACAACCAUCAUAUUCUGGACCAUAUACGCACAGAUGAUCACCUUUUCGGUUGAGCAAGCCUCCACCAUGGAGAGGAAUAUUGGGAGUUUCCAAAUUCCUGCAGGAUCUCUUACUGUCUUUUUUGUGGCUGCAAUUCUAAUCACUCUGGCUGUUAAUGACCGACUCAUCAUGCCCCUUUGGAAAAAGUGGAACGGCAAACCAGGUUUCAGUGACCUACAGAGGAUAGCAAUUGGACUUGUAUUUUCCAUUUUUGGAAUGGCGGCUGCUUCUCUAUGCGAGAAGAAACGUUUGUCUGUGGCAAAAAGUGUAAGUGGAAACCAAGCAACACUGCCUAUAAGCGUUUUCCUCCUAAUCCCACAGUUUUUCUUGGUGGGGUCUGGUGAAGCAUUCAUAUACACUGGGCAACUUGAUUUCUUCAUAACAAGGUCCCCAAAAGGAAUGAAAACCAUGAGCACGGGUCUCUUCCUCACAACUCUAUCAUUUGGUUUCUUCUUCAGCAGUUUCCUUGUCUCGAUAGUGAAGAAAGUUACCGGGACAAAAGAUGGACAGGGGUGGCUAGCAGAUAAUAUAAACAAGGGCAGGCUUGAUUUGUUCUAUGCACUGCUUACCAUACUUAGUUUCGUUAAUUUUGUAGCGUUUGUGGUAUGUGCAGUUUGGUUCAAGCCUAAGAAAUCUAAACAACCAGCUAUGCAAAUGGGGGCAAUUUAUGGGUCCACAUCAGAGGAGAAGUGCUGAAGACUGAAGAGUUGUUAGGAUAUGGGCAUGGGAUUGUAACCAUUGUUGUUAUUAUGGUUUUGUUGUUUCUAGAUAGACUGUUAUGUGUUUGCGUCCGAAGAAUGGGUUUUGGGUUUUUCUCGGUGAUAUUAUAGACAUAAUGUUCGAGUUGGCUUCUAUACGUAUGUACAAGCAUGUAACAUAUUUUCUAGUCUUUCAAGUCCUUGUUACACUUUUCAGUUUUUCAUAAUCAUGAUCAGGAUUGCUUUUUUUGAUCUUUCUUAA